AUGCCGAAAGGUCCCACCUCCUCGAAGCCUGCACGUCCAAAGACGCACAAGCCCAAGGCCGUUCCUGCCGCCGCGGAGAGCGAGGCGGGGCCGAGCAUAGUGCCGACCCAGAAUGGAGGUGGGAAGAGCGCGAUGGACGACAUAUUCUCCAGCUUCGCGCCGAAGCGCGAGCAGCGGGAUGCGGCGCGACAGCAGCAGGCGGCGGCGGCCGAGGAGGCGGCCGCCGCCGCCUCGGCGGCGGCCAAGCGGGCCAAGAAGCGCAAGCGUGACAAGGUGAUCGAUCCUGUCUUUGGCGAGGAGUACGACCUGGACCGCGCGGUCGACCCGCAGAACGCAAAGGUCCACCGCCACGACAGCUCGAGCGGGCUGAGGGUUUACAAGGCGCACGACCUUGGCCUUGGCCGAGGGGGGGGCACGCCGCUGUGCCCUUUUGACUGCAAGUGCUGUUUCUGAUGUUGAAGGGGGGGGAGGCGCAGUCUGUCGUACCGCCACGUAGGCUCGCGUAGUCGUCACGUACGUCGCGAAGUCGAAA